CAAAGUGUGUGUGUCUCUUUCACAUGUUCACCACUAGGUGGCAGCACUCACUACAACGCACUCGCACCGCGCACCGCCUAUUUGACUCCUCUUACCUAGCCUAGAAAGCGAAAGCGGGGAGGGACCGAGAGACGGGAGGGGGAGCUCUAGAAGGCUUUGUUAGGCGUUUCGUCUGCUUUGUUUAUGUUAUUUUGUAAAUAUGGACCGAUGUGGUGCUAGUUUUAUGGAAUUGUCUAAAUUAAAUUCAAAAAAUAACGUCCUUGAGUGCCGUGUCUGUGAAGAUGUAUUCUCACUUCAAGGAGAUAAGGUCCCACGCCUACUUCAUUGUGGACAUUCUGUUUGCCAUGCUUGUUUGAUGCGCUUACCACAGAAAGACAGUACAAUUCAAUGCCCAUUUGAUCGUCAACCCACUCCAGUUGGCAAUUCUGGAGUCUGGGGUCUAAAAAAGAACUUUUCUUUGCUUGAGCUCCUUGAGCGACUACAACAUGCAUCAGAUAAAGCAGCCAUUUCAUUUUUCCUAUCAGCAGAGGCAUUGGAGUUGGAAAGAAAGUUAGCUGUUAACUGUGACGAAGAUGAACAACAUGUUGCAGUCUUGUAUUGUACUGUGUGUGGCUCACACCUCUGCGAAGCAUGCUCUGAACUAACCCACUCCACUCGCACUCUUGCCAAGCAUCGCAGAGUUCCACUAUCUGAAAAACCAAGGUUGCUAUAACUUUCAAAUUUUAUAAUUUUU